AUGUCGGUUACACAGCGCCCCGUCUACACGAAGGCUCAGAUUCAAAAGUACUUUGACCGUCUCAAGUUGCCAGAGGAACAGCGCCAGUACCAUGUUGCAGGCCUGUGCCCUGGAGAUGCGCUGACGUAUCUAGCAUCGCUCCAGAAACAUCAUCUCGCUCAGAUACCUUUCGAGAACUUGUCCCUGCAUUAUUCUCCACAUCGUCACGUCUCCAUCCACCCAGAGCAAUUGUUCAGAAAGAUCAUUGCAGAUGACAAUGGGCGGGGAGGAUAUUGCAUGGAGAAUUCAGGCUUGUUUGGAACCCUGCUGCAUUCUUUAGGCUUCAACACCUACUCGGCAGGUGCUCGUGUCUUUGAUGAAGAGCGCCUCAACGGAUGGGGUCACAUGAUCGUCUUUGUCAAAAUCGGGGGCCAAAAGUAUUAUGUAGACGUCGGCUUCGGCGCCAACGGACCCAUUGAACCCAUGCCACUUGAUCACUCCGGCGCAAUCCGCCCACACAUCGCGCCAGCCUCGGCGCGCCUUCAGUGGAGAAACAUACCGCAGAACGCAGACCCUGACCAAAGGCUGUGGGUUUACGAGCACAAAAUCGACGAGGAGCACGAUUGGGAACCCAUGUACUGCUUUACCGAGCUUGAGUUCCUACCGGGUGACUAUCGCGUUAUGAAUCUCAGCACGAGCACUAGUCCAACGACCUUCUUUACCAAGAUUGUCUUCAUGGAGAAGAAGGUGCUUGGCGAAGAUGGAAGCAUAAUAGGCAACAUUAUUCUAGGCACCGACGUGAAAUGGAGGAUCUAUGGAAAGAAGGAAAGAGAAAUUAAGUUUGAGAGCGAAGAGGAUCGAGUGAAGGCAAUCGAAGAGCACUUCGGGAUCAAACUGAGUGUCGUGGAGAGGGACAGCAUCCUGGGCCUAGUUUCGCAGAUCAGUUAG